GCUAAUGAACCUGACCAUUCUGGGCCCUGGUUCUGCAUGGAGCCUUCACUACAUCAGCCAAUAAUAACGGCCCAAGUCCUAGUGUCUCUCUUCAAUGUGGAAGGAAGCUGAGACGGCCGGGGAGGGGUCUGAGCUGGAACACGGCCUCUGUGUGAUUGUGGACAGCUUCUACAGAUACGCCAAGGGCCCGCCUGGAGCGAAGGCGCUGGACCAGGCGGCUUUCCAGAACCUGCUCAGCAACGAGUUGAGCCAUCAGCUCACGAACACGGAGGUCGAGGCGGCCGUGAUGCGCACGUUUGAGAAGUUAGAUGCCAACAAAGAUCAGAAAAUCUCCUUCGACGAGUACUGGCAACUCAUCGCAUGGAUUUGCCAAGUGAUCCGGCGCCGCAAUUAUAACGAGUAG